AUCGAUCUAGUUUUUUUUUGUAAAUAGAACAAAAUUUUAUCUAAAGCAUGAUAUUUACAUUAUAUUACAUGGCUGCGACAUGGUUACAAGCAUGGAGAUUGGGUUCUUUAAGAACUCGUUUAAGCAAAUAUUUGGCUGAUCGUUAUAGUGUUGUAUUGUAUAAAAUGUCAGAGAAUGUUUUGGGUGAACAAGAUGUCACAGGUCCGUGCCUUGUAAAUUCAGUCAACAUAUCGAAGGCCCGUGUUUGCGAAGUCUUGCAACUGGAAGGGCCUUUGAGACUUUGCACAUUGUUUCCUUCGCGAAAAUUAUUUAUAUCGGAUUGGAUUACUGCUAGAGAUUAUGAAUCAGUUGAGAUAGAAGAUACUUCACUCUCAGAAAGCACUUUUAAUCGGUUUGAGGAUUUAAAACUAUUAAUAGAGGCUCAGCUAAAGGAAUAUAAUGGACAACAAUUUGAAAAACUCGAUUUGCAGCAUUAUGGAUCACUAAUUGCAUGGCAUUUUGAUAAAACCUUCUGCAUGGUUCUGUCUUCCACAUUGCAACAGUUGACAGAACUUGCUCAGAAAUUUUUAAAAGGAGACAUUUACAUAAAUGGAGGCAUGGAAUUACUGAGAAUAGAAACUGUUGAUGUUGAUGGAAAACCAAAAAGCAUUCAAAGCAAUGACCGAACAAGACAAUGCAUCUUGCAAAAUGUAUUAAACACUGAUAAUCUACUACUACAUGCCUCUAUGUUUAAGGAGCUUAGUGACAAUACUUAUGAUAUAGAGAGUAAUGUUAAGCUCAAAGAUGAAGUAGAAUGUGUAGAAUUGCAAAAUGAUUUGUCUAGUACGAGCCAACAAAUGAAACAGGUGGAAGAACAUGAAAAAGUUGUCCCAGAACCCGCACCUGUUCAAGAGACCAAAACGAGUAUACUUAAACAUGAAGAAGUACAGGAUGUUAAAAAGCCUUUAAUUGCCAAACCUUCAGACAGAUUUAAAGUUAGUAAAACGACUCUAAAUGAACCACUUACAUCUAGUCCAAAAAUCCUUAAAAAUGGAACUCAUAGAUCUACAAUACUCCCAGAACCAGUUUUAACCAUAAGAGAUUUAGAACAAAGGCCUAUACAGACUGAUGAAGAAAUUAGAUCUCAAAGUAUUUCGAAAAUGACAGGGUCACCAAAAUCGGUCACUUUCAAGAGCCAAGUGGAAAUAUCUGAUGAAACACUUGAAUUAAGGAAAUAUGCAGGAAAGAUUAAACCACCAAAUAUAUUGGUGUUUUCUGAAAGUUUGGUAGCUGUUGAUAAUGUCAAGAGUGCUCUGAAGAGUAUAUUGCAGAAAAAUAAAUAUACAAUAUAUACUCUAACUAAACCACAAGUCAUGACGGACACUUGGAUGGACAAUGCUUUGCUAGUCAUAGUUUGCGGAACCGUUUCUUCAGAUGUUGCUCCUAGAUUAUUGAAUUAUUUACUAAAAGGUGGAAAACUGCUGUGUUUGUGUUCAGAUUUGAUACAUACAGUGCUUCCCACGUACAAAACUGCAGAGGUACGCGAGCACGAGCUUGUCCGUUUCUCUUAUGGCAGAUGGCAAAAUGUUCGAAUGAUGCAUCAUAUAUUUUGUUAUCAGGCUUCACCAGCACGAAAGCAUUUCAUGCAUGAUUCCAUUGAAGAAAAUAAUCAAUCUCAAGGAAGUUCUUCUGUUCAACCACGAGCUCCGUCCUCAAUAGAAGUUCGUGAUUCUUAUGGACGACCCCAUAAGUUAUCGGUUGAGGUUUUGGGUGCAGAAGAAACAUGGCACACGCCUAGUUUAUUGUUGGCCACAGCACUGCCCGAUCAGAAUAAUAAAUUGAGUGCAUCUUCCAUUGGAAGAGCUGUUUUUAGUCAGGUACAUUUGGAAGUAGAUCCCACACAGUAUGAAUCAGAAGAAGCAAAGUAUUCAGUUUUGAAGGAAAGCAAUGAAGCUCGUUUGGAAAUUUUAAGAGAUAUUUUAGGCAGACACCUAAACCUUCAAUGUUCUGAGAAUAAGGCUGAUUCUAUCAAGUCUCCGGUUGAAAGUUACACGCAUGCCUUCUUUUUGGGCAGACAUGAGUUAAAAUUAUCUCUGCUUAAAUUUCUGGAAUCAAUGAUGGAUUCCAACCAAUCACUCAAAACAUCCAAAUUGACGCUGAGAUUUUGUGGAUUAGGUGAAACCCCACCUCCAGCCACGCAAUAUAUGUUGCCGAUCAGAGUACAUUCCUGCCCAGAUAAUUUUAGUACAAUUGAAUACUUUGGUAAUUUGAAGUCUGAACAUGUGGGGCGGUUGGUUAUAUAUUCAUCAGUCAUGACUAGUUCUCAGGACGUUUUAUCUGGUGUAAAACUUCAACAUGGUAUUGUAGUUAUACCAAGAUUCCAAACUAAGGGUUCGGGCCGCUCCGCCAAUCAAUGGUUAUCUCCCGAUGGUUGUGCUAUGUUUUCAGUUCAACUACAUGUGCCAUCUGAUUCACCACUAGGGCAACGAGCACCAGUAGUUCAGCAUUUGGUGGCUACUGCCGUAGUAUCAGCCGUUUUAUCACAGCCUGGAUAUGAGGACCUCGAUAUUGGCCUGAAAUGGCCAAAUGACAUAUAUGCUCAUGGUGCAGUAAAAAUUGGUGGCCUUGUUGUAACCAGCACUUUAGAUUCAGACAUCACUGUUUGUAAUGUGGGUUGUGGAGUAAAUUUGGAUAAUAGUGAUCCAACUACUUGUAUAAAUGAUGUUAUUAAAAAGCAUAAUGCUGAUAAUGGAACUGAUCUUCAAACUCUUAGUUAUGAGAAGUUUUUGGCCUUAGUUUUCUCCGAGGUAGAAAAUAUUUUUAAAAUUGUACAAGCUGGAGAUAUUGACUAUCUUUAUGACCUGUAUUAUAAGUAUUGGUUGCACAACAAUGCCAAGAUUGUUGUAAUGGACGAAACAUUAGGACCUACAAACGUAGUAGUGCAUGGUAUCGAUGAUUUCGGUUUCCUGCUGGUUCAGUAUCCUAACAGAAAAUUGAUAUCUGUUCAUCCUGAUGGGAACUCAUUUGAUAUGCUUAGAGGUUUAAUUGUUCCAAAAAUAUUUUAAUUCCUAUGCCAGAAUAUGAUGGUGCAUAAUAAUUUAAAUAAGGUUUCUGGUACUUUUUUCACAUGAUAAUACUGACCAGAGUAGCGCAUUAUAAUUGUGUUUAGAGAUUAGAUUAUUUACA